CCAAUAUUAAAUUUUUUGCUUAUAUUUUCAUUUUCACUUUUAAGUUUCCCUUUCCAUAUUAAUUUUAUACGAGAGAUUCCUUCCCUAUACUUUCUUCUCUCUCUCUCUCUCUCUCUCAUGUAAACUUGGUAUUUAUACCCCAAAUGUGUCGAGGUAGAAACAUAAAUCCAAGUGCAAAAAUGGGUGAAAGCAAGGCGAUUUUGGCUGUAGUUGCUAUUCAAACCAUUUAUGCAGGCUACUUCUUGCUUACCAAGCUUGCUUUUGAUGUGGGAAUGAACACCUUUGUGUUUGUUUUCUACAGACAAGCUGCUGCUACUCUUUUCUUGGCCCCUAUUGCCAUCUUCUUUGAGAGGAAGACAGCUCCUCAGCUCUCACUCUCUAUAUUCCUCAAGAUUUUCUUCCUUUCCCUAUUUGGAAUUACGAUGAGCUUAGAUGUUGUUGGAGUAGCUUUGAAGUCUACAACGGCAUCUUUGGGAGCUGCAAUUACCAAUAGUCUUCCUGUUAUCACUUUCUUCCUUGCAGUUUUAUUAAGGAUGGAGAAGGUGAAGAUAAGGACAAGCUCGGGAAUAAUGAAAAUGACAGGAGUAAGCUUGUGCAUGGGAGGAGUAGCAACCAUUGCUUUCUACAGAGGUCCUCUUCUCCAAAUAUGGCAUCUUCACCACACAUCUCUCCAUUCUCACAUCAUCACUCCAACCAAUACAUGGAUUAAGGGUGUCUUCCUCAUGUUCCUCUCCAACAUUAGCUGGGCUUUCUGGCUUGUUUUGCAGGGGAGAGUGCUUAAGAGUUAUCCUUCAAAGCUGAUGUUGACAACGGUGCAAUGCCUUUUAAGCUCAAUACAAUCAUUCUUGGUUGCUCUAGCAUUUGCAAGGGAGCCUUCUCACUGGAAAAUUGGAUGGAAUGUACGACUUGUAUCAGUUGCUUAUUGUGGUAUAAUUGUGACCGGUGUUGCAUUUUACAUGCAAGCAUGGGUUGUUGAAAAGAAAGGACCAGUUUUCUUGGCCAUGACCACUCCUCUAAUCAUGGUUAUUACACUAAUCAUGUCUGCAUUCGUCUUGGGUGAAACUAUCACUUUGGGAAGUGUUUUGGGAGCACUUUUAUUAGUUGGAGGGCUAUAUUUUGUGUUGUGGGGAAAGACAAAGGAGGAAGAAAGGGCAAAAGCGGCAUUCAACCCAAAUCUUGAUGAGGAGAAAGCGUGUGGAGAGUUGAAGGGUGAAGAAUCAAAGAUGGAAAUUAAGUCUUAAUUAGAGUUAAACAAUGAAAAUUAGGUGGUUUUUAGAUUCUUGUUUAUCCCUACUAAUUUAAUGGGUUUAAUGUUUCUUUUCUUUUGAAUCAAAUAUGUGUACAAAUUUACAUA